AUGCGCUUGGGUUUAUGCCUGGCCUUGGUGGCCGCUUGCUUCGCGCUUGAUCGGGAUGUCGGCUACCUUAUGUCCAGGGAAUCAAACGACGCCGCACAGUUGAGGUGUUAUGUGGGUAUCGUCGCUUCUUUAAACAACACAUCUAUUGGAACGGAAGUUUUCUGCGACGGUCUCUGCGGUUCAAUUUCAACAACAAGCGGAGAAUACGACUUCACCACCUACAACUGUUUCCCACAAAGUUUCUGCGCUGCGGCAAAUCUAACUAGCGCCUGUACCACGAUUUACGCAGACCGCAAUCUGACAGGAUGUUGUUGUAAUACUGAUAAUUGUAACGUGCAAGGAACUAACAUUAACACAACUAUCCCUAUUUCUCCUCCAGAAGAGCCUAUCGUCUGCUAUUCGGGUCUCAUUGUCAAUGGUAACCCCACGGCUGGAUCAGGCUGGAUUGCCUGCCAAGGCGAUUGUGUGUCAAUCACUAUCAACAGCACAGUGGCUGGUUCUCCGAUGCUUGGCUCAAUAUAUACUUGCGAUCCCACCUCCGUCUGCACUUCUCUAGGUGAGAAUUAUCGGCUCUCAUCUAAAGAGAACCGUUGAAU